CACCCAAAAGGAAAGCAGUGUCCAACCUUGUGGUUACAGAAUAAAUGAUGCAAGGAGGAAACUGCAGCCCAACACAGGAAAAGUGGUGGCAAGGGAACAGCUAGCUACUUUAAAUGAAUUCAGAACUCCAGAGCCUGAUGAGCUGCACCCAAGCGCACCGAAGGAUACUAAAGGAGCUUGCGGGUGUAAUCUUAGAGUCUCUGAGCUCCAGCUCCGAGGACCUUCCGGCGGGUCCCUCACUGCGAGGCUACAGGGAACAAUACAUAGGGCCUUCUCGGUAGUGACGCCUGCCCUGUGUGGCCUUUCCUCCACCAAUCCAUCUCCUGUGGACAGUUCCUCCUGCCAUCUGAGGGGUGUGUCCAGGUAUAAAAGUGUUGGUGUCCAAGCCACAGAUGAGCAGAAGCGUCAAAGAUGUCAGGUGCACAGCUGCUCCUUGUUCUCCUGGGAUGCCUGGUGGCCACGAAACCUCUCCAGGCAACAGAUCUUCCUCUCCGUGCCAUUGGGAAGAUUCUGGACACCUCAGACCUUCUGAGGAGUGUGGAAGAAGCAAAACAGCUGGUCGAAGAUGCCUACAAACGCACCCAGCAACGCUUAAAUGAGAAGCUGCAGAGAGAGAAGGUCAACCCCACAGAUCUCCUGGUCUCCUUCAAGCAGCCCGUGGGAAGAACCAAGGAGGCGGUGAAAGCAGCCGACACCAUGCACGUCACCUGGGCCCUCUUGAAACAGAAGCUGCAGCCAGCAAUUCCCGGGGAUUUCAACAUCACAGAUGUUCUCAGUCCAGGCCAGAUGCAAACUAUCUACAAGGCGUCUGGCUGUGCCAAGCAAGAACAGAGCCCAUUGCAGUGUGAUUUCAAUAGCCCUUUCCGGACUAUUACUGGAGAAUGUAACAACAGGAGGAUUCCUACCUUAGGGGCCAACAACCGCCCUUAUGCCCGGAGGCUUCUGCAAGAGUACGAAGAUGGCAUAUCCCUCCCGCGUGGCUGGACGGAAAACAAGACAUAUUAUGGAUUCCCCCUGCCCUUGGUCCGGGACGUAUCCAACCAGAUUGUCGCCUUCAACGACCAAAGACUCACCGACGACCCAUUCCGAUCGGUCAUGUUCAUGCAAUACGGCCAGUUUAUUGACCACGACUUGGAUUUUGGGCCCAGUACCACGGCCACCCUCACCUUCAUCAAAGGAGCAGACUGUGAGAAUACUUGCGCAAAGGCACCCCCUUGCUUCCCCAUCAAGAUCCCUCCUAAUGACCCGGUGAAAGACCCCAAAGGCUGUAUGGCCUUCACGAGAGCGGCCCCCGCCUGCAACGGGGGCUACGCCAUCCGCAACCAGAUCAACGCUCUGACGACCUUCCUUGACGCCAGCAUGGUCUACGCCAGCGAAGUCGACUGGGCGAGGCAACUGAGGAACACCUCAAGCAACCAAGGGCUGCUGGCUGUCAACCUGAACUACACAGACAAGGGGCUGGCCUACCUCCCUUUUGGCAACCCACCAGGCUUCCCAGAGCUCUGCAAUAAAACCAACACGACAGCAAAGAUCCCCUGUUUCUUUGCAGGGGACAACCGUGUCAACGAGAUGCCAGGUCUAACUGCCUUGCAGACGCUCUUCAUGAGGUUCCACAACCGCAUGGCCUCUCAGCUGAAGAUGCUGAAUCCGCACAUGGAUUCAGACACCAUCUACAACUUAGCCCGGAAAAUCAAUGGAGCAGUAAUUCAGAAAAUCACCUAUAGUGAAUACCUGCCGGCCCUCCUGGGUGACGCAUUCCCUCGUUUUGUGGGUCGCAGCACGGGCUACAAUGACUCCGUGGACCCGCGAAUCGCCAGCUCCUUCACCAACGCCUUCCGUUUUGGGCAUGCCUCAGUGCGGCCCGUGGUGUUUCGCUUGGACAGCCGCUACCAGCUUCAAAGCGAGACCCCACUGGAGAAGGAAUUUUUUGCUUCAUGGAGAAUCCUUCAGCAAGGAGGUAUUGACCCGCUUAUCCGAGGCCUCUUGGGUAAGCCAGCCAAACUGGUGAGGCCUGACCAGUUGGUGGUGGAUGCUCUCAGGGACAAACUCUUUGAACAGAUCAGGAAUGGCAGUGGACUGGAUUUGCCCUCCCUCAACAUGCAGCGAGGCCGAGAUCACGGCCUCCCAGGUUACAAUGCCUGGCGGCAAUUAUGCGGCCUUUCCCAACCCCAGAAUGAGAACGAACUCACUGCCGUCAUCCAGAACCGCGAUGUGGCCAAGAAGUUUAUGAGCCUUUACAAGACCCCCAACAACAUUGACCUCUGGGUUGGGGGCGUGGCAGAGCCUUUGGUCCGCAAUGGCAGAGUUGGUCCUACCUUCGCGUGCAUCAUCGGAGACCAGUUCCGAAGGACUCGGACCGGUGACAGAUUCUAUUAUGAGAAUCCCGGCGUCUUCACCCCAUCGCAGCUCCAGGCCCUCAAACGAGUCUCACUGGCUCACAUAAUCUGUGAAAACACCAACAUCCGGGAGGUGCCACGCAAUGUCUUCCGGGCCAACAGCUACCCCCAGGAUUUUGUCCGCUGCAGCACCGUCCCAAGGCUCAGCCUCUUUGCCUGGAAGUGCACUUGUGACUCUGCAGAUGGCUCUUGUUGAGGACGGCGCUCCUGUGGAUCUAGACCUGGGACCUGCAUCCCUAAGAAAGAAGAAAGGCCUUCGCUUGGCUGCAGUUGGAUUCCUGCCCCUGUUCACGUCCCACCUGCUGUUUUGGAAAUACGCAUGGGCAGGGGGAGUCCUACCCAACCUUGCUUUUCGUGACAAAGAUCCAGAAUAAAGCAGUUGCUGUGUGAUAGA